UCGUGGCUAACAUUCUUUUGUCAACAAUCCCGCACUCGCCGUUUGAUUGGUCUCGUCUAAUGCGCUGCUCUGCGAACGACUCGGUGCUCGCGACCUCUGUAAGGGAAGGUUCUCGUUCGAUCAUCGUAUGCUGGAUUUUACAGUAACACUGACAUGUUUGGCUGUUACAGAGCCUCAAGCAGACUGUGUUGGGGUAAUCAGAAACAUCUUCUCCAAGCCAGAUACCUGUCAGGUGCAGAUGCGAUCAAUGCAUUAAGACCUUUUUAUUUUGCAGUGCAUCCAGAUUUCUUUGGUCAGCAUCCAAGAGAAAGGGAAAUUAAUGAAAACUCUCUAAAAAGAUUAAAUGGCUACUUGGAAAGUCUUCAGAAACCAGGGUUAAGAUCUCACAAACCUGCACAGCUCACAUUCUAUGUCCGAGAAACUGAACAGAAUGCUGUGAAUAUUCAAGAUCCUGCGAGAGCACUAGAAUUUCGAACAGUCAGUUUCACUUUGCAUACCAGGGACCUUCGAAGAACUGUGUUAGAUAUCCUUAAUUCAUGCAGCUUAUCCACGGACCAUGUACAGGACAUUGGAGCCAGCAUGGAGUCUCAGCCACAGAAAGACCCACACACAUUUUACAGGCCCAUAAAGUGGGACAAGACCUACUAUACAUUCACUGGCUUUAAAGAUCCUGAAGAGGAGCUAGAGCAAGCUCAGCGCGUUGAAACCACUAUUUCCCCCUGGUUAGAGAAUAACCAUGAUGAGGCCCUCAAGAAGCUACACUCGAGCUUACCAUUGAGAGAAGAACUAGAACGCUUAAAGCAAGAGCUCUCUCGUGAGCUUCACUUGUCAGACGUGCGAUGGCAGAGAAGCUGGGGUAUUGCUCAUCGGUGUAGUCAGCUACAAAGCCUUAGCCGCCUAACACAGCAGAGUCCCGAGUCUCUAAAGAUGGCUAAAGGUCGCACUGUGAUAUUUACAGACUGCACGGGCUUGAGUGCAACUGGUCAUGUCAUGUUGGGAACCAUGGAUGUCCACCAUCAUUGGACUGAGCUGUUUGAGAGGUUGCCCAGCUAUUAUCAACUAGAGAGGAAGUUGCAGUAUCUGCAGGAACGUGUGAGUCUAAUUUUGGGUGGCAUUGAAAUGGUGUACAUUGAGGAGCUGCAGCCAAUGUUGACAAUAGAGGAGUACUAUGCAACAUUAAAUGCAUUCUACAACAAGCUUCUUAACAGAAGAGCACUGAUCCACCCGCGUAGCCUUCGUGGCCUACAGAUGAUACUGGAUAAUGAUCGGUUUGUUCCUCGGGUACAUGAAAUGGGGCAUUUUAACAUACCUACAACAUGUGAUUCAGCAGCUCUACAGUGGUUUCUUCUGACUCAUGCAGGAAAAGCCAGGGAAAAACUGAAAAGGAAUGAUGAGUUAAAGAUUGUGGAGCGAGAGCUGACCAAAGCGUGCCAGACCAGAUCAUCCCUCAGUAGGCUGUACAAGGAGCCCAGUGUUACACGUGUGCAGAUGAUUGAAUGCUGUAGACGCUUGAUUGAAGAACCUUUACCUUAUUUGUCCAACAUGCACUUAUGCAUCUCACACUAUUACUCUGUGCUGCAGGACGGUGAUUUGUGCAUCCCGUGGAAUUACAAGAGCUGACCUAGGACAACUACAAUGCUAAAAGUUGGGCACCUUCCUCAGAACUCUGCUGCAGUUUUCUUUGUGUGCAAUGGUGGGAGUCUGUAUUCCUAUAGAUUCAUUUAUAUAGGGACCAGACAUGUUAUAGCUCACAACAUGCCAACAUUCUGAGCUUUAAGAUGGAUAUGUUCAAUUACUGCUUACAUGCUAAAAGGGCAUUGCUGAUCAUGAUCAUACAAAUUAUGCCAAAAAUGACCAUCCGGAAGACAAAUUAACUAAUGUA